AUGAGUGGCCCUAAUACUUUGCGAUACCAAAAGAGUUUACUGACGAGGUACAAGAACACGCUACAUAGGGUGAUAAGCGAGAAUGGUCCAGCGCUAGCGAGCGAGAAUGCGCUUAAACCCUUGGUAGAGGCAAUCACAGCGAUCAGGGAGAGCGCUAACCUCUUGGCGACCACCCUCAAUGGUUUUGUCCAAACUCUAGACCAGCUCGCGGGACCCACCACAGAAGACCAACAGAAGGCGAACCAAGGUUACAUUGAUGAAACUCUGGACGCCUUAGAGGAGGCAGAAGAACUGCUAAUACGCAUGGAAGCCAAGAAGGCAGGGCUUCAAUCGAUAACUUCCGAAGUGGGAGUUUCAGAAGAGAACUAUGCGGCAGCGCUUGAACUGCUGCAUUCCAAAUAUGGCGAUAAAGCGAAAUUAGUGCGAAAUCUUCAAAGGCGAAUGGAAACAGCUUCAGCCAAAAACAAUCAAAUAAGCGAGCAACGUAAUCUGCUCGAGUAUCUUAUAUCCCUGACAGCACAGCUGAGACAACAGGGAGUCACCCUCAAGGGAUCUUUUAUUUCGCAAAAAAUACUAGCGAAAUUCAAUGUGGACUUGCAGCGAAGACUCCUCAAACAAAGGGUCAGCCAGGAUUAUGACGAGGAUAGCUGGACGGUGGAAGACAUUUUGAAUGGCCUGGAUGUGUUGAUAAAAACCGAAGAAAGGGUUGCUGAAAUGAUUCAGGAAAACGACCCUUGCAGGCAACGAUUUUCAAGAGCGACAGAAUCGAAAUUUAGCAAAUCCGAAAGCAGGGCGCAGUGCGUUUAUUGCGGCGCACACGACCAUAAUGCUCUACGCUGUCCAAAAGUUACAACUGCUGAGGAUCGGAAAGAAUUCAUGAAACAGAAAAAACUUUGUAUGAACUGUGCAAGGCGCAACCACUUUCUGCGAGAAUGUACAGGGACCGGAUGCGCCAAGUGUGGAGGCGAAAAGCACCACUAUUCACUGUGUCCUAAAAGACUACAGGAGUUGAAAGGGACACCAGCUGGAGCAAAUUCGCAAAGAAAUUCCAGCACAGCGCCGCUGUCCAAACAGGGACGCGGAAGAUCAGGGAAACACCCAACAAGGGUAAGUGCGCAGUUAACAGAGAGCGCAGAACCCGAAGAAAUUUUGCAGGCAGCCACAUCGCAUUCAGGCGAAACACCCAAUGGUGGAGAACUGUCUCAAGUUUAUCUCUUAACGGGUCAGGCCCGUGUGGAGAAUGCGAAGACUGGAAAAUCGCAAAUGGUCCAAAUUUUGUUGGACACAGGGGCCGACAGGUCUUUCAUUCAGGAAAGGUUGGCUGAAAAACUGGACCUACCUGUAGUUAAUUCUAUAGAACUAUCAGUCCACACCUUCGGAGCGAAGACGCCUAGGAAGAAAAAGUAUGAUGUCACAACCUUGAAAAUAUGGGACAGACAAAACAAUCCGUUGGAUCUAGUCCUAUGUAAGGCGGAUGUUAUAUCCGGUAAAGGAAAACAGUUGGCGCUCAGUGCAGAAGACAUGAAGCAGUUGAAGAGCGAAGGCAUUCAACUGCCUCGGUCAGGGAGCAUUAUCAAACCAGAGAUCUUGCUUGGGUGUGACCAGCUAUGGGCCCUCUUAGAAUUUCCAGGAAAACAGCACAGGCUUCCUUCAGGUCUCCAUGCAAUACCGUCAAGGUUAGGAUACCUCAUAACGGGGAAAGCGUGGAAAAAUUCCCAAAAUGCACAGAACGAAACG